UCUGCUCGUGUACAUUUGAAUAAGUUCCUCAUUCACUCACCUCACCAAGGCGUAGAGAGAAAGAUGAAGUAAAGCUUUUACUCUUCAGGAACUUCAUAUCAAGUCCUUCACCUCUAUCACUUCUGGAGGAGAACAUGACUGGAUCCUGGAGACUAUUUCUGCUCUGUAGUCUCCUGCAAGGUGCUGGGUGCAGUGCUGCAGUAUAUGAGGCCAUAAUGCCAAAAAGAGUGACGACACUCAGUGGAUGCUGUGUAACCGUUCCUUGUUCCUUCACCUUGGAGGACGGGAAUGAAAACACGAUUUCUACUGGAUGCAAACCAUUAUGGUUAAAAAAAAAAGAUGCUUCAGCAAUAACUUCAGUAAUAUUCAGGGGAAAUCUAAAAGCGUACGACUGUACUACAACAUUCAAUGACGUACAGGAAAACGUUUCACCUGUAUUUAGAAUAGAUUGUGGAACACCAGGUUUCAGAUAUUCGUUUUCUAAUCAUCCAGUGAACAUCCAGAUCAUGGUGCUCCCUGAUGCACCUAGUUUGACCCCCCCCAAGGAGCCGGUGGUCGAGGGCACUCCUGUGGAGCUGGGGUGCUCUGCCCCGUCCUACUGUCACACCCCCCCCCCCACUGUGACGUGGACCCCCGCCCUGGGGCUCAGCACCCAGCUCCAGCAGAACGAUACCGUGACCUCCACUCUGACCUUCAACGCCUCCCACCUCCACCAUGGAAACAAUGUCUCCUGCACUGCGGCCUACUACAUACCAUCUGGGAACAAAACUGUGACGUCUACAAGAUACCAACUCAGUAUCUCAUUUGCCCCCAGGAACACCUCUGCUGUCGGCAGCCCGUGUCUUCCAGCCAGAGAGGGAGGCUGCCUGAACCUGACCUGCACCAGUCAUGCUAACCCUGCUGUCAGCGAGGUCACCUGGUACCGAAUACACAGAGAACACAUCCUUAAGAUCGGGAGUGGAUCAUCUCUGUCCGUCCAGCUGUGGAAUGCCAAUUACGUUUUCUUCUGUGAGGCCAGGAAUAGCAUUGGCACGGAAAAGUCUAAUGUCUACACGAUCGACAUUAAAAAUGCCCCCAGGAACACCUCUGCUGUCGGCAGCCCGUGUCUUCCAGCCAGAGAGGGAGGCUGCCUCAACCUGACCUGCACCAGUCAUGCUAACCCUGCUGUCAGCGAGUUCACCUGGUACCGAAUACACGGAGAACACAUCCUUAAGAUCGGGACUGGAUCUUCUCUGUCCAUCCAGCUGUGGAACGCCAAUAACGUUUUCUUCUGUGAGGUCCGGAAUGACUUUGGCACAGAAAAGUCUACUGUCUACAAGAUUGACAUUGAAACUCCUCCCAGGAUCCUGCCCUCUUCAGGCUGCAGCAGAAUUGCAGCCUGGGUGCGAUGUUCCUGCUACAGCGUGGGCAGACCAUCACCGUCUCUGGAGUGGCGGUUGGAUGGGAAACUGGUGUUGGGUUCUGAAGACGUGUCUGCUAGCCAGGUCAACCUGGAGAACGCCACGUUGAGGAGCUCCCUCACAAUGAGGGCCCCUGCUGGUCUGACAGCCUUGACCUGCCACAGCUCCAACGCUGCCGGGAACACCAGCCAGGAGCUUCCUGUCCCUCACCUGGAUACACAGCAAUACGUGACAGACCAACUGCCCUGGAUAGCUGCUACUGCAGUGCUAGCAGCGGGUCUGCUGUUUGCAACAGUGUGUGCCGUAAGAGCUUGGAAGAUGGCCAACCGAACAAGACUUGGCAGUGAUGCCCUACUCAACAAAGCUCCACCCAACCAAGGGAACCCCCAGGUGUUCUUCAAAAGUGGGGAGGACAUCUAUGCUAACAUUGAUACACUGAUGAACACGGUCGGACCAAGAGAGGAGCCUGUUGGAGCAGGAGAAGAGGCUGCUGGACUGGGAGAAGGGGCUGCUGGACUGGGAGAAGGGGCUGUUGGACUGGGAGAAGGGGCUGUUGGACUGGGAGAAGGGGCUGUUGAACUGGGAGAAGGGGCUGCUGGACCGAGAGAGGAGGCUGUAACAGCAGCAGAUUCCUCAGCCUUGAUCCAACGGGAUUCAGAGGAAGCAGCAGACCCAGCAGCAGACAGGCAGGUGGAGGACUGUGAUGUCCUGUACACAACAGUGAACUGGAAGAAUAAAAAGAAAAAAGAGACCUGAGCUCCUGGGGCAGAGACCCGCUGGGGCCCCAAGUGGGGGUGGAUGAGGGAUGAGCUAAGGGCCGGAGGGAUGAGUUAAGGGCUACAUUGAUGGGUAAAGGCUAGAGGGAUGAGUUAAGGGCCGGAGGGAUGAGUUAAGGGCUACAUUGAUGGGUAAAGGCUAGAGGGAUGAGUUAGGGGCUAGAGGGGUGAGUUAAUGAUAGAGGGAUGAGCAAACAACUGAGUAAGGGGCUAGACCAGAUGUCCAGUAAACCAGAGGAUAAAAUCCCACAGGUUGUGAAUAUGUUUUAAUUCUUUUUUUUAUGGGAUAAGAAUUAUUAUUGUUAUUAUAUAGUUGGUUUUACUUUUAAAAUAGGAUUAUUAUUGACAAACCAGUCAUUAGUCAUACUGUGUAUUUCUGAUAUUUUGUUUACUAUUUGUUUACCGUACUUGUAUUGAAUAAUACCAAAUACUACCAUCUU